AUGACCCGUGAACUGAAUCUGAACUUCCUUAAGGAAUUGGAACGAGAGACAGUUUUACAGGUCCUGUACCGUGACCAGAUGGUGAGAAAAGUGGAUGAGGAAAGGAUAAGGAAAUUGAAAAUGCAGUUGCAGCAACUUCGGUGGAAGGGGGCAAAAAGUGUAAACCAUGAAGACCAGGAAAGAUCCUGCGCUCGCUGUCAGAAAUCCUUGGGCCUGGUUAUGAAUAGAGGUGCAGUGUGCAAUGGAUGCAGUCAUCGAGUGUGCUCUGAGUGCCGUGUCUGCCUGAAUCCCUACCUGUGGAAAUGCACCAUCUGUUAUGCUCAUGGAGACAUGAAAGUAAAGACUGGGGAAUGGUUCUUUGAGGAACGUGCCAAGAAAUUCCCAGCUGAAGGUAGACACGAAACAGCUGGUGCAAAGCUCUUGAAAUCUUAUCAGAAACUGAGUAAAAUUUCUGUGGUUCCUCCUACUCCCCCACCUUUCACUGAAACCACCGGGAGAAACACCGCAAUGGAAAUCAGCCAAUCUAAAAGUUUUAAUAAGUCUGUGGAAAACUUGUUUCUGUCUCUUGCCACAAAUAUGAAAAAAAUCUCAAAGUCCCAGAAUGAUAUGAGGGCUGACAAAAGUCUCCUAACUACAGAUUAUGGGCAGGACAUGGAACAGAGGAAGGAAAGGAGGAGUCAGUCUGACACUGCCAUCGAUAUUGCAAACAGGAUAAAAAAUAUACCAAGCCUUCAGCAACUCAUCAAUGGGACACGGGACGACAAUGAAGUCUUUACCAAAAGGUAUUGCAAGCAGGCAGAAGACAUUCCAACCAGUCCCAUGAGUGACGCUGUAUUCUGCGGUGGCAAAAAACAUGGCAGUUUAUAUAGCAUUAACAGCACUUGCACCGAGGCUGGCAAUUUUGACAUGGUUAAUGUCACAGGAGAAAUAGAGUUUGCCAUCAGAUAUGUCUUUAAAGCCUGCACUUUAGAAGUCUGCAUCAAGGCCUGCAAGAACCUGGCUUACGGAGAAGAGAAGAAGAAAAAGUGUAACCCGUAUGCAAAGACUUAUUUGCUUCCUGAUAAAUCUUCUCGGAGUAAACAGAAGACAGCUGUUAAAAAGAACACAGUGGAUCCGGCAUUCCAUGAAACUUUAAAGUAUAAGAUUGAAUACUCCCAGCUGGAAACACGACAGCUUCAAAUAUCUGUGUGGCACUCAGAAACACUCAAGCGAAGGGUGUUCCUUGGAGAAGUGGUUGUUCCAUUGGCGUCUUGGAAUUUUGAAGACAAUUCAACACAGUCAUUCAAUUGGUACCAGCUUAAAGUGAAGUCUGAAAAGCCUGAAGACAACCUGGUUCAGUACAAUGGAGAACUCCUGGUGUGUGCAAAACUGAUCUUACCAUCCCAGUCUAAAAAAUACCAGUAUGAAGAGCAGAUGAGAGGAGGGAUAGAAGACCAAGCACAUGCGGAUGGCCAGCUUCACCUUGUGGUGCUUGGAGCCAAGAACUUGCCUGUGAUGAGAAGUGGUGGCACUUUGAACUCAUUUGUUAAAGGUUGUCUCACUCUCCCGGACCAACGUGAGAUAAGACAGAAGUCUCCUGUCCUGAAGAAAGAAGCCUGUCCUCAGUGGAAGCACCUGUUUGUCUUUGACGGCGUGACCCCAUCUCAGCUACAGCAAUCUUGUCUGGACUUGGCCGUCUGGGACCAGGCAUCUUUUGGCUCAAAUGACCGGUUCCUGGGGGGAGCCAGGCUUAGCACAAAAGAACCAUCUGGCACCUGGGAUUCAGACCCCCAAUCAAAACAGUGGCAGAAAAUACUCAGCAGCCCAAACACUUGGAUAGAUAUUACACUUACGCUGCAUUCAAAUACGGACACUUAA